CACAAUCAUACAAACUGUACCGUCGCGAGAUUAUCUAACAAAUAUGAAGCUGUUAAUAUUGUUGUGUCUCGUCGUACUAGCUGGGGCAGCACCUCCUCCGAAAGUUAAUUACCCACAAGAUGUUCAGAUCCUGCGUUCCGAAUACGACUCUGAUGGUUUUGGUACAUACAACUGGGUAUAUGAACAAACCGACGGCCAGGCACAAGUACAGCAAGGAGAGUUAAGGAAUGCGGGUACUAAAGACGAAUACAUUACUGUCAAAGGUUCCUAUACCUGGGUCGGUCCGGAUGGUAUAACAUACCGCGUCGUCUAUGUCGCCGAUGAAAAAGGUUACCAACCAGAAAUUGAGGAAGGACCUGGUGGCGCUAUCCCUCCAGCGGUUGUUGCUAGCCUUCUUGGUUAAAUAAAUCUACAUAAAAAUGCCUAGUCUUUGUCAUAGUUUAGAAAUUGUUUUAUUUGAAAUAAAAACAGAUAUGAUGCA